AUGUCCGCGGGUCUCCAACACCUCGACCAACUCGUCGAAGACAUUAUCCUAGGCAAGUCGAACGUCAGUCUGCAGGGUCCAGUAGUGAUUUUGCCAGCCGCGCCCGGCGUUCCAAGUGCUGCACCUGCGGCCGCGCUGUCAACGAAGGCUUCGAGCAAGAAACCCGCGACGUCCUCCAAGAAGACCUCUAAACGGAAGGCUAGCGCUGACGACACUGCCACCAAGUCAUCCGCCAAGAAGCCGCGCUCUACCAAGAAGUUGACAGCCUCGACGCUUCCCUCGUAUGACUUCGCCAAGCUACUAGAGCUAAAAACCAGGAUCUUCAUCGCUCACCGGCGUGCUUUCUGGGAGUGGGCGUUCCACGUCCCUCUGGAAUCAAGCUCAGCUCAGUCCAAUCGCCGCAAGCUGAAAAUGCGAGCCACUCUCCCUCGUCUAUCCUUUACGAGCCUUUGCAUCGAGACCUGGUGCUUCUACGCGUUCCUCGAGAAGCUGGAGAAGCGUCCUGAAAUGUUCUGGCUCGUAGGCCAGCCCGGCAAGUCUCCACGUGGAGGUCGACAGCCCCAAGGACCCAUCGCCGAGGAUCUCGCUGUCCUCCACGACAAAGAUCAGGCCAGAUACGAGGCCACGCUCGAGAACGCCCUCAAUCCGGCGAAGGUGGACCCCUAUGGGUACCCGCAAGUGCUCUCCUUCCUCGAGUUCACUGAAGCCCUGAAUCCCAAGGCCAUUGCGAAUAGCCGUCUCUCCAUGACAGCACUAGCACGCAUCCGGCAGGAUCUCACGCCUGGAAACAAACUCAAGACGUCGUGGUUUAUCAACCAGAACGCCGAACCUUGGAAAACUCUCAUCAGCUACAACGGCGUCAAGCAACGCCAAUUCGACGUUAUGGCCCAAAUGGCCGAUCGAACGUACGAACUCCCUGCCGUCAAUCCUCCAACCCAGAAGGAACUCGACCGCGAAGACUGGUCCGACUUUGAGGACACAGGGAACGACGAUGAUCAAACCGCAUCGUCCAGCGCAGGAGCAGGCACGCCAGCCCAAGGUGAUAACGAGGACGCUGACGAAGAAAGAGAGGACAAUGGUGACGAAGUCGACGAAGAGGAAGAUGACGGAGGCAAUCAGAGUGACACUCAGAAUGUCACCGUCCUGUGA